AUGAAAGAAUCUGCUUGUGAAUGCAACGAAGACAAUUCAUAUAUCAAUUAUGAUGAUGAAUUAAUUAUAUCGAAGUCGGAAUUAUCUAUAAAAAAUUCUGAAAAAUUCGACGAUUUAUGUCGAAAAUUAACAUCGACUGAUGUCGAUCAAGCAUUAUUUACAUUAAAAAUUAAUCCAAAUGCAUCUCCACAACAAACAAUUUCUUCCGAUAAUGAGAUCUCAACGAUGUUAUAUGAACAAGAAUAUGAUUGUUGUCGUCUACUUCGAUCGAAUACUUCAUCUCGUUCAUUUUUACCAUUAGCUCGUCGUGGACGUUCAUUUUUUUCAACACGAUCUCAUCGUUUACUUUGUUCGAAUUGUACAAAAAUAAAACAUCAACAAGAACUUGAUAUUUUACAAAAUUCACAAGAAAAAUUUCAUUCAAAUCAUACAUAUCAAAUAACAAUUAAUUUAGAUUUAUCGUCUGAUGAACAACUUGCUUUAAAUAAUCAUCAAUAUCAAUCAAGUCAAACACUUGUUUGGAAUAUUAAUACAUCCAAUAGAAAUCUUAUUGAUAUUUCUUAUGAUACUGGUUCAUUAAGUGAUAAUGAAAAGAAAAUUUUACUUGAUGAAACAAUUAAAAAACUUCAAAUGAUUCUCAAUAAUCGAUCAACAACAUUAAUGGAAAAUAAUCCUGAAUUGACUUAUCGUAUAUUACAAACAACAAUAAAUAUUCUUUCUUCAUCACAAAAUUCAAUUUAA